GAACCAUGAAGCGGCAACGCCAGUUGACCUCUACAGAAACCUGCAGAAGUCUGUGAAUAAGUUUGGUAAACUGCGCGUGAAUGCGUCCAUUGAAGAUGUAAUGGAGACCUGGGCAAAUAACCCGGGAUAUCCCCUCGUAUCAGUAGUUAAAAAUUCUGGGAAUCUCGUCGUGUCCCAAGAACACUUUCACUUGAACCGGCGGAACCAAUCGUCAGCCGAAUGGUGGAUCCCAUUAAGCUUCGUUGCGGAGAAGCAUGCGAAUUUCUUUGAGACAGCUCCGAGCCACUGGUUGCGACCAGGAGUUAGACAUUUGAUCAUCGAGGACGCUGCACCGGAUGAUGAUUGGGUCAUUUUGAAUGCGCGACAAAUCGGCUAUUACCGAGUGAACUACGACCGGGAAAAUUGGCAAAGGCUGACACGUUACCUGAAUUCUGAGGACUUUUAUAAGAUUGAUAAGUUGAACAGAGCUGCUCUUAUAGACGAUGCGUUUAAUUUGGCCAGGGCCGGCUACUUGGACUAUGCGAUACCGUUCGACCUUUGCCGUUACCUGACUCGAGAGCGUGAUUACGAGCCAUGGGUAGCCGCUAUAAACAAUUUCAAAUUCGUGAACAAAAUGUUGGAUAUUUCGAAUGUAGCAACCCCUGUACCACGACUACAGGCUGCUUUUCAGAAAUAUGCGGUGGACUUGUUGGAGAAUAUUUAUAGACAAUUGAAUUUCACUGAAUCCGCGGACGAGGAUUUAACAACCAAAUUGAAGAAAGAGAUAAUCUUAUCGAUAUCCUGCCUGUUCCACAACCGUGAUUGCUUGAAUACCACGCUAAAUAUAUUUUCAAGAUGGUCUCGAUAUUCCAAUGAAUCAAUACCUCGUGAUGUGAAAAGUUUUAUUCUGUGCGAGGGAUUCCGUCAUAUGCCAGGCGAAUGGUCCACAGCAAUGGAAAGAUAUCUGAAGACUGAUUUGCAGACCGAGCAAGAAUUGUUACUGCAAGCUUUCGGAUGUACCUGGGACCCUUCUCAAAUAAGAGAACUGGUUACAUUAGCAAUAUCGAAUGAUUAUAAUAAGCAUGUCCGUACACAACAGAGAAUUAUAGCAAUGAAUGCCGUCAUAGACGGAAACGGAUGGAACGUGGAUUUCGUUUUGGAGCUUGUGCAAAAGCAUUUGAGGUUAAUCAUCACAGAGAGAGGAUAUGAUUUCCUCAGUAAGGUGAUUACUUCGAUUGGAAACGCGAUGAAAGCUGACUAUCAAGUGCAAACGCUUCGUGCAUUCAUUCACAACAAUUCUGAGUCACUCGGACCGUCAUUGAGUUCUGCAGAGAAGGCGAUAUAUGUGGUCUCGGAGAAUGCGGAAUGGGUCAGAAAAUAUAAACCCAAUAUUGCUAAAUACUUUCAAAUAGGUGUGUGAGAUAUU